AUGCUGCCGGCGCUCCUCGUCCGUCGUCGCGGCCCAGCGCUGUCUCUUGCCGCCGCUACAGCUGCUACUGCUCCAACCAGUCGCCUGUACUCUGUCCCGCCGUCGUUCGCCGACUUGGGCCUCGACGCGCGCCUCGUCGCGGGGCUCCGCGAGAAGCACAUCACGACGCCCACAGCCAUUCAGGCGCAGAGCAUUCCAGCGAUCCUCACGCGUCGCAACGUGCUGUGUACCGCGCAGACCGGUACCGGGAAGACGCUGGCGUACCUGACGCCAGUGAUCGAGCAGCUGCUGCGACAGGAGACGGCGGCCGCGCACACGCCGCACGCACUCAACAGCGCGGACGGCCCUCUACAGGUCGUGCAGCAGCGACCGCGUGCGCUGGUGCUGCUGCCCAGUCGAGAGCUGGCGCUGCAGGUGGCAGCAGUGGCCAAACAGCUGUCGCACUCGGCCAAGUUCGCGUCCUGUACGGUCACGAGCGGCGAGCGCAAGAGCAUUCAGCAGAAGAACACGGCCCGUAGACUGGAUCUGGUCAUUGGCACGCCGGGACGCGUGGCCAAGUGCAUCAGCAAAGGCGACUUCUUUGUCUCCCGCAUUGGAACGGUCGUCAUUGAUGAAGCCGACACGAUGUUCGAUGCCAAGAUGGGCUUCCGCGCUGAACUGGAUGCCGUGCUGGGACCGAUCCAGGCCAGUGCUCUCAAGCGCAAGCAGCCGCUGCAGGUGAUCUUGGCCGCCGCGACGAUCCGCCCGCCGAUCGAUCAGGUGGUGCAGAAGAAAUUCGGCGACCUGCGCGUCGUGAGUGACAACAAGAUCCACAAGACGCCGAGUACGAUCAAAGAGGAAUUCGUGCGCGUGAUUUCAGAGUCCAAACACUCGGCGCUGCGUGAGACGCUGCGUCUGCACGAUGCCGGUGCAGACGCAGCUAUGGCACCAGCAAAGACGAUGAUCUUCUGUCGCAACGCCGCCAGCGUGCGCUCGACCGAGCACAUGCUGCGCGAGCACGGCUUUCACGAAGCCGUCUGUCUGCAUGGUGACAUGCCUCCAGCAAGACGCCGCGACGCUAUUCAAGCGUUCACAGAGGAUGCCGAGGUGAAUGUGCUCGUGUGCACCGAUCUAGCUGCUCGUGGGCUCGACUUCGACUCGGUGAAGCACGUCAUCAUCUUUGACUUCCCCAAGACCGCUGUUGACUACGUCCAUCGCGCUGGACGGACCGGCCGAGCGGGCGAACAGGGCCUCGUGACCAGUCUAGUCACCAAGCACGACCUUGCGCUUGCUACGAGCAUUGAGAACUCGAAACGCAGCAACAGCACGAUCAAGGAACUGCGUGAAGACAAGGCUGCCUCUUCGUGCGUGACUGCAGCUCGACAACUGGCAUCGAGCGACAAUCUCAAGGAGAAACAAGCGCGUCGAUACCCACAGAAGACGCGAGGCGGCAUUGGUCGGGGCACGAAAAAGCUGCAGAAACACAAGAUCCGGACACUACGUCCGAGCCGGUAA